AUGGGCUGGCCGUAUGCGUUUAUGCAGCUGAGCGCGGCGGAGGUGGAAGCGCGGCGGGCGAUGCUGGACCGCUACGGCCACUACACGGUGAUGCUUUCGGUGCUGCCGGUAGUGGUGAUGCUGGCGAUGCGACUGAUCGGCUGGACAGCGAAGCAGGUGCAGCGACGACUGCGUGUUCGGAGCAGGCGAGGCGGUGGAAACGGCAGUAGCGACGACGGCGAAUACGGAGCGGUGCCGACAUCACCGACGCUCAAGUCGCGGCGCCAGACAGCAGGUGGCAGCUGGGCGGCCCGGCAGCGACGGCUGCGCUGGUGGCUGUCGACAGAGGUGGAGGUGCAUCUUCCCUGGAGCAGCAGCGUGAUGUGUUUGGGUCCGCGCGACCAAUGGCUCGUCGGCCUCGCUUGGACGGUGGCCGUCGUCGUUCUCUGCACGGCGCAGACAGGCGGCGAUUUUCUGCACGUGACCAAGCGUUGCGGCAUCGUGGCCGUGGCCUUGCUGCCGGCGCAAUACGUGUUGGCAUUGCGACGGAUCAGCCCGCUGACGACAGCGCUGGGCGGCUUCUCGCACGAGCAGCUCAACCGCUGGCACCGGCUGCUGGGCGGCAUCGUCUACGGACUGCUGGCCGUUCACACGACGCUGUACCUCGUCUUCUUUGCGCGAGCACCCGGCGGCACCUUCUGGCCUCGUUUUGCCCGUCCGGUCGUCUGGCUCGGAUUCGCCGCCCUGGCCGCCAUGACGCUGCUCAGCACGACCGCGCUGGAGCCUGUGCGUCGCUGGUCGUACCGCGUCUUCUUUGUUGUGCACGUGACCGUGGCCGUGGUUCUACCACCGAUCGUCUGGCUGCACACCCACCACGCACGACCCUACGUGGCGGCUGCGCUGCUGUUUCUCGUCGUCGACGUGGCCGUGCGGCGUGCUAGGACGAUGGACGGCGACGGAAAUGGCACUGCUGCCACUGUCGUCGCCAUCCCCGGCACCGACCUCGUUCGUCUCACGGUCCCGCUGCCGGCCGCUAAGCUGUCGCUCUUCCGCGACCGUCCCGGCUCACAUGUCUAUGUCAGCGUGCCAUCCGCUGGCCGACCCCGUGCCUGGAUGCCGUUCCUGCUGUUCGAGCUCCUCUUCAACCCCUUUACUGUCGCCGCCGUUAGCGAGCCCGAUCACAGCCUCAGCCUGGUCGUGCGCACACGCAACGGCCCCAUGACCGGACUCUUGGCCGAGCGGGCGAGCCGGGUCAAGCAUGUGGAAGCGGACAACGAGAACAUCGAUGACGACGAUGACGACGACGACGACGACGACAUGGGCGAGGAUGUCCCGGUCAUGCGAAACGCGGCAACGACUGCCUCUUCUUCUUCGGCCCCCUCACCCGACGGCCUUGUUCACCUCAGCAUCGACGGCCCUUACGGUGCGGCUGCCCACUUCCCCGACCUGUCAGCCCAACAAUUUGACCACGUUCUCCUCGUCGCCGGUGGUGUCGGUGCCACCUUUGUCGUCCCCAUCUACCGCGCCCUCGUCCACGACGGCAGUCCCAGCCCCAGCCCCAAGGUCGACCUUGUCUGGGCUGUCCGCACGGCCUGCGAUGCCACCUGGGCUGUCGUUUCGGGACAGGACGGCAGCAACAUCCUUGCCGACCCCAACGUGCACAUUUUUUUGACUGGUGGCCGUCAGGAGAACAAUGGUGGUGAUGCUGCUUCCGACAUGGAGCUCUCCAGUCUGCGCCAUCGACCGACGGCCGGCUCCCACGGCCGACCCGACUUUCGGCCCAUCGUCGACAACCUCUUCCACCGCGGCGCCGAGACCCGCGUGGCCGUUAUCGUGUGCGGGCCCCGUGCCAUGGUGCGAGACCUGCGCGCUGUUGUCGGGCUCUGGGUCCAGCGCGGCCGCUCCAUCUGGUGGCACGAUGAGGCGUUUGGCUGGUGA